UGUGGUCUAGAUGAACUUACUAUAAGGAUGUUGAAAAAUCAGAGAGGGGAAGAGAAGAGCCACAAAAAUGAUUGGCGGCUGGACAAAAAGCUUCACGGUGGCGACACAGCAGUCUCGGUGCUGAUUAUCCCGAAAAUGGCAGAAGAGAGCGCCGAAGCGACAAGCGAUACCAGUAGAGGGGUGAAUGACUCAAUGCUGCCGGGUCACGGACAAGUGGAAGAAAGGAGAAGAGAUGCGGAUUUCAGCCUAAAAUGCAUUAAAGAUAAACGGAUCCCAAUUACCGUUACUGUCGUCAUCACAGCGUUGAUCAUCACCAUAAUUGCACUGGCAGCCAAGAAGACGCCCCCCUGCCCACGCUGCCCGCCCCAUGUCACUGCUACGUGCCCGGACGGCUGGGUGGGAUACCAAGGGAAAUGCUACUACUUCUCAGAGACUGAAGGGAACUGGAGCACCAGCCAGAGCCACUGCUCUUCACUCAACGCCUCCCUGGCUUCCAUUGAUUCCCUGCCGGAGCUG